CGUCACACAUGCUUAGUGUACUUGUAUAAAUAGCCGCCAACAGCAACCCAAAAACUCAUCUUUCAUUUCUACUUUACUAAGCAAAACUACUUCAUUCAAGAAAUAUUAAUCUGAUAUGGCUACUGUGGGUAAAGUCAUCAAGUGUAAAGCUGCUGUUGCAUGGGAGGCUGGGAAGCCGCUGGUGAUUGAGGAGGUGGAGGUGGCGCCGCCGCAGAAAAUGGAGGUCCGGAUUAAGAUUCUCUACACCUCUCUCUGCCACACCGAUGUCUACUUCUGGGAAGCCAAGUCUCAAGAUUCAGUCUUUCCUCGGAUUCUGGGACAUGAGGCAGCAGGGGUUGUGGAGAGCGUGGGAGAGGGCGUGACGGAGGUGGCACCGGGCGAUCACGUGCUCCCUGUGUUCACCGGAGAAUGUGGAGACUGUGCUCACUGCAAAUCCGCCGAGAGCAACAUGUGCAGCCUUCUCCGAAUCAAUACCGAGAGGGCAGUCAUGAUCAAUGAUCAGAAAUCAAGAUUUUCCAUCAAUGGGAAACCUGUUUACCAUUUCCUUGGCACAUCCACAUUCAGUGAGUACACCGUGCUCCACGUUGGGUGUUUGGCCAAGAUCAACCCCCAAGCCCCUCUCGACAAAGUCUGUGUCCUCAGCUGUGGCAUCUCCACAGGGCUUGGUGCUACUUUGAAUGUUGCAAAACCCUUCAAGGGCUCUUCUGUUGCUGUUUUUGGGCUUGGUGCAGUUGGACUUGGUGCUGCAGAAGGAGCAAGACUGGCUGGUGCUUCUAGAGUGAUUGGUGUGGACUUGAAUCCUGCUAGGUUUGAAGAAGCUAAGAAGUUUGGUGUGACUGAGUUUGUGAACCCUAAAGACUACAACAAGCCAGUCCAAGAGGUGAUUGCUGAGAUGACUGAUGGAGGCGUGGACCGGAGUGUUGAGUGCACCGGAAACAUCAAUGCCAUGAUCUCAGCCUUUGAAUGUGUCCAUGAUGGAUGGGGAGUGGCGGUUCUUGUUGGAGUGCCUCACAAGGAGGCUGUGUUCAAGACUCAUCCAGUGAACUUCUUGAAUGAGAGGACUCUCAAGGGGACUUUCUUUGGGAACUACAAGCCUCGUUCCGAUCUUCCAUCUGUUGUGGAGAUGUACAUGAACAAGGAGCUGGAAGUGGACAAGUUCAUAACUCACACAGUGCCAUUUGCAGAGAUCAACAAGGCCUUUGAGCUGAUGCUUAAAGGGGAGGGGCUUCGUUGUGUUAUUCGAAUGGAAUGAGACAAGAUGAUGAGCAUGAUGAUACAACUUCCCCUUGUUUAAUUAUUGUUGCCUUUGAUUUUCAAUGUUAUUUUCUUCUAUCUUGAUGGUUGGUUGUAUCGUCUGAAUAAUGAUAUGAAGUAAUAUUUCCAGAUUAA